AUGGACCUCGGACACCUAUCCAAGCAACAUACCAUGAACACGCUGCUGCCCUUGACGCAUCCGGAGAUCGAAUACCGUGCUGCAGAGCAGGGCAAGAAGUCUGCUACAACUACGACUGGCCAGAGUGCGGUGGAGAAGCAAGGCUCUCCGACCCUUGUGGAUAUACUGGAGGUGUAUCAGGACAGGAUCGAAUGGAAGGACAAGGUCGAACAUUCGCAACUCCCCGAAAUCUGUCCAUCGGAUGGCGAGUCGCCAAAGCUGAGAGCAUUGUAUGGAGAUACUGCUUUCGCUCUACGCGGCCACAGAGUCCCUUACGAUGUCCAACAGCUUCUUCUCGGAUAUCGAGUACUUGAAAGAUGCUAG